GCUGCUGCCAGAGGCCGAGUAUGGAGCGGGACAAGCGGCUGGCCAGCACCAGCCUCGGCCAGGGGGGCAAGGGGCAGCGCUUCAGCCUGCAGCUGGUGGGCUCGCUGCCCGUUCACCAGCUCACCACCAUGCCCAUGCUGCCCUGGGUGGUGGCGGAGGUGAGGAGGAGGAGUGCCCGGGGGACAGGGAGCCGCAGGGUCCGCUUGCAGGUCAGUCAGGGCUGGCUGCGGUGUGUGGCGGCGAGCGGGGGCAGCCCGGUGUUCCAGCAGCGAGCCCAGCACAUCCACAAGCUGCUGCACAACAGCAGCGAACCCAACUACUUCGCCUAUGUGUCCAGGAGCCAGGCUGGCCCAGAGCCGCAGCACAGUCUCUGUUUCGUAUUCCGAGCUUCUGAUCAUACUCUGGUUCCUGAGAUCAUCAAUACUAUCCGUCAGGCUGGCAAGAUUGUACGGCAGGAAGAGACACAGAUCCGUGCACACGACGACGAUUCCUUUGCUCAGAAAUACGAGGUUCUGUUUGUCGGGAAGGUGACGGUGGCACACAAGAAAGCUCCUCCAGCUCUAAUCGAUGAAUGUAUCGAGAAGUUUGAUCACGUUAGGAAACACAACACCGAGGGCAGUAAGGAAGGAGUGGAGCAGGAGCGGACUGAAAGACCACGAGCAGAGAAUUCACGCUUCUUUCCUUCCAGACUUCCAACACCCUUAGUGCAAAAGAGGAACAAAUCUGCUCCUAAACUGGCCAUUCAAGAUGAACGUUCAGUCACACAGACCCAGAGUAGUUUAGAGAAAAGUGGCUCACUUGACUUGAACAGCAGUUCAAACUGCGAUGGAGCACAAAGUGGUGGCUUACUCGAAGCCCGGAAGCGUGCUGUCAGUGCACCGAAUAUUGUGCAACCAACCAACAUGAAGGCAAAUAGGACCAUGCUGUUCACGAUUGGCCAAUCAGAGGUAUACCUCAUAAGUCCUGACACGAAGAAGGUGACGAUUGAGAAAAAUUUCAAAGAAAUCUCCUUCUGCUCUCAGGGAAUUAAGUAUGUGGAUCACUUUGGCUUCAUCUGCAGGGAGAGUCCAGACUCUGGAAGCUGCCAUUUUGUCUGCUAUGUAUUUCAAUGUACAAAUGAGGCCUUGGUCGAUGAAAUUAUGUUGACAUUGAAGCAAGCAUUCACUGCAGCUGCUGUCCAUCAAAACAUGAAGAUCCAAGCUCAGCUGUGUGAGGGAUGUCCAAUGACAUGCCUUCACAGAUUGUGUGAAAAGAUAGAGGGCCUACCCCCCUCAAAAGCCAAGGUGGAAAUUCAGAAACAUUUAUCAACAUUUAACAACAAAGACCAAGGAUCCAUCUUUGAGGGAGUUCAGAAAAUGAAGCCAAAAAAUGAAUUGGAAGAAAAUGAGCUGGUUCUAUCAAUGCUGCGACAGCUUUAUGAAGGGAAACAGAAGCUGCACAUCCACACUGGAGAUGCUAAGCAGACCUCACAAAGCUGCUCGCAGCCUUCAAAUAUGAAUGGACAGCAGUCUCUCUCUGGCCGCUUCCGACUAGACCACCUCAAGACCAAGGCUAAAAAAUCAUUGGCUGAAUCUCUGGAGAAUAUUUUAUCAAUGGGAGGGUCUAGACACAAGAGCCAAACAAUCACUGAAAGUACAGUGUCAGAAAAAACAGCUUUAAGCCUUUCAAGCUCCAACCUGUCCAAGAGUACUUAUUUGGAUGAAAGUGAUGACCAGGCAUGUCCCAUUAGUCCUGUGAAGUCUCAUGGUUCCACGGGAGAUUUGUUGCAAGACCUAGAUAACAGAACUGAAUCAGCUGAGCCAGUAUUUAGACGGCGGGCCCAUACCUUCAGUUACAUGCCUUCCAGCGUUGAACAGCCGAAACAGAUGCUGGAUGAGACCCCGAUCUUUCCCAAGCCGAAACUGAUGAGAUAUCACUCAGUGAGCACAGACACACCACACAAACAAAAUGACUAUGAAUCCAGUCCGAGCCCAUGCAGAGGGAGUAAUGGCCAUGGGAAUCUGAUGCGCAGCCGUCGGCAAUCCUGGCGACAGCAGAUUUUCCUUCGUGUAGCUUCACCACAGAAGGGAUGUGAAUCCCCAUGCCGACAUGAAGACCAUUCAGAUGCUGGAGAGGCUACCACAAGGACAUCUUUGGCAGCGACAUGUAAUGAUAGUUACCUAGGAGCAGUUGCAGAGGAAAGGAAACGCACAUCAAGGGAACUGCGAGAUUUAUGGAGAAAGGCCAUUCUUCAACAGAUACUUCUUCUGAGAAUGGAAAAAGAAAACCAGAAACUACAAGCAUCAGAAAGUGACCUGCAGAACAAGCGCCUGAAGCUGGAUUAUGAGGAAAUCACUUUAUGCCUGAAAGAAGUGACUCUGGUUUGGGAGAAGAUGCUCAAUGUGCCGACAAGGCCAACAGUUAAAUUUGACAUGGAGACUAUUCAUGUAGCCAUGGGUCAAGGUGUACCCCGGCAACACCGAGGUGAAAUAUGGAAACUUCUAGCUGAACAACACCAGCUGAGAUAUCGUUUACCUAUAAAACAACAACCAAAGGAUACUCCAUAUGAAGAACUGUUAAAGCAGUUAACAUCUCACCAGCAUGCAAUACUUAUUGAUCUUGGUCGUACUUUUCCAACACACCCUUAUUUUGCUACUCCAUUGGGUGCUGGCCAACUCUCUUUAUAUAAUCUCUUGAAAGCCUACUCUCUGCUGGAUCAGGAAGUGGGCUAUUGCCAGGGCCUUAGUUUUGUAGCAGGAAUCUUGCUACUGCACAUGAGUGAAGAAGAUGCUUUUCAUAUGCUGAAGUUUCUCAUGUAUGAUAUGGGCUUGAGGAAGCAAUAUCGACCAGACAUGAUUAUUCUACAGAUACAGAUGUACCAACUUUCGCGACUCCUCCAUGACUAUCACCGCGAUCUCUACUGUCACUUUGAGGAGAAUGAAAUUAGUCCUAGUCUUUAUGCUGCCCCGUGGUUUCUCACCGUGUUUGCCUCUCAGUUUCCUUUGGGUUUUGUGGCCAGAGUAUUUGAUAUGAUUUUCCUUCAAGGGUCAGAGGUCAUCUUUAAGGUAGCCCUAAGUUUACUGGGAAGCCACAAGCCACUAAUUCUACAACAUGAAAGUCUGGAAUCAAUAGUUGACUUUAUAAAGUGCACUCUUCCCAACCUUGGACUAGUGCAGAUGGAAAAAACAAUUAAUCAGGUGUUUGAGAUGGACCUUUCCAAACAGCUGCAAGCCUAUGAGGUUGAAUACCAUGUUCUUCAAGAUGAGCUAAUAGAUUCUUCAGCUGCCAUGAGUGACAACGAACGAUUAGAAAAAUUGGAAAAAAAUAACAACUGCUUGCGCAAGCAAAACAGUGAUCUAGUGGAAGAACUUGAGGUCGCUCAUAGCAAAAUUGAGAGCCUGGAAGCUACAGUGAAGACCUUGUUGUCCAAUGAAGGAAGGUUAAAGCAAGUCAUUUGUACCUUAGAGCUGGAAAGAGCGGCGCUUCUGGCUGCAGUUGAAGAAUUUCAAAAGCAGGUUCCCAGCACUGAACCUGCUGAUAACAGAACACUGUCUGAAGCACAAGAAAAUGAUUGAUUGUAAAAUCUGAUGCACUUUACGUAAGAGAAAACAGAUUUUUUUUAAAUGAAUUCGGUAAGCCAGUGGGAUUUUCUGGUUCCUUCACAACAAGAAAGAUCCAUAUUUGGAUCUAUUCAAAGGCACAAGUGUCCAGCAACACAGUGACAAUAUGAAUCACUGGAUCAUCCCCUUCUGUUUAAAGACCGAUCAUCAAGAGAGAUUCCUUUCUCUGAGAAUUGUGUGAAUUUAUUGAUACCUAAUGGUUGCACCCUGUUUUUUUUUCCACAAUGUAACCAAUAGAUUUGGAUACAGUGUUUGCAGUGUUUGUCAUGGUAUCUUGUAUACAGAUACAGUUUAGAGUGACUUCUAUACUUGCAGUAAAUUGUUAAUGUUGAAAGGUUUUGACCUGGAGCUUUACUUCCGGGAUGGUUGCUCCAUUUCAGGUGGUUUAAAAAAAACCUAUUCUAAACUUCCUUUGGCCAUAAAUUGGGCAUUUUGCUUUACUUUCCAUAAUUCACCUUAUAUAAGUAGUGUUUUUGUUUGUAGGCAAAGCAGGAUUUCAUUUUUACAAUUCUUACAAAAGCAUUUUUACACUUUGGUUAUCUCUUUAGGUUGAUUCCAUCUGAUAUAAACCAUUUGGGAAAUAACAAAACAUGUUGACCUAACCUGUUGCAGCUCAGUAAAUCUUGAACAAUCCAAUCACUGAGCAGUGACAAAAGAACACUGGAGCCAGGAGCGAUCAGACUUCUACUCUUUGACAAAUAUUGCUUUGUGAAAAUAUUAGGAGGAGGAUAGAAGAGGGAGAGACCGGGUCUUUGAAUCGGUAUUAUGUGGACCUGUUUCUGGGGCCAUUAACAUAUUAAUGUAUAUUAAUGUCCCCAACAGUUCUAUUUCAGUAUUAUUUUUUCAAUAAACACUGCAAUUUAUUAAUUUUCUGUACUCUCUGCUACCCCAUGAGUCUGGGGUCAAUGAGCAUCUGUGCUUUGACAGUUGUAUAUUCCAUGUUACAGCUGCUGACUUUACUUUAAAUCUAUGUAUCACACAGGCAAGAGUUGCACCAUGUAUUUUUUUAAAGAAUCCAGUCAAAAAGGAUUGUUAGGAUCACGUUGCUUUGGUUUCUCAUCUCUCUCACUCUCACUCUCUCUCUCUCUCUCUCUCUCUCUCUCUCUCUCUCUCGCUUGCUCGCUCUCAUUCUCUGUCUCGCUUGCUUGCGCUCGAUCUCUCCCUCGCUCGAUCUCUCCCUCGCUCGAUCUCUCCCUCGCUCGAUCUCUCCCUCGCUCGAUCUCUCGUUCUCUCGCCGUUCCCAAAUUGAAGUGGUGACAUUGAACAGAAAAACAAAGGAAGAAUAAAUUACAUGAAUCAUUCAAACAAAAACAGCUGGUGGCAUUUAUGUUGUUCCACCCAUACCUUUGAGCACCUCUGCACUCAACAAUUACAAACCACUCUGGUUCCAGAUACAGUGGUAUGAGUGGUGAAGCGUUGAAUUACACAGACAUUAGCUGAUUUUUAUGUUUCAGUUUAAAAAUAUUAUUUCAUUUUGUGAACAAAAUUAAUACUAGAUUAAAAAAUAAAUUCAAAUAGUCUCCAGGAAGUUAUAAAUGACAAUACAAAUAGAAGUAUACGGACAAAUAGAAAUUGCAAUCCAAAUUAACUGGCAUUUUUAUAAUACUUGCAUACUACAGUUGAUAAUAUUUGAUACUAUGGAAGGUGGUUUCUAGACAAUCUUUUGUCAUUGUCAGUAUGUUACCAUUACAUGAAUAGAAAGUGCCCAAGAAAGGGGCAAAAUGUUAACCAUGAUUGUGUAACAAUUAUAGUUAUUGAUGACUUUCAUCGUGCUGCUGACCAGGCUUGCAUUAGUGUUUACAUUUGGUGAAAUUCUAGUAUUGAAAGCAAAACACCAAAGGUGACUUUUUUUUAAAAUGAAAUACCUGCAUAAUGGAAAAUUCAUUCAACAGUGUAGUACAUCGGUAUAUUGAUGCAAUUGAUUGUGCUUGACAAUUGAUUGAGUAUUGAGUGUGAACCUCUGACAACCAGUGAAUAUGAAGAGAAUGAAAAAGCUGAAGGUUUGUUCAAUAGACUUGGAAAUCCAAUUAAACAACACUGUAACCACAAGCUGACUUCUAUUUUAAAAAUUGAAAAUCAGCAUUUCAAUACAUUACUGUUUUAUUCUCUGUUUAAGCCAAAUUACUUGUAAGUUUAGAAACAAUUAAAGCAAUAUUUGGUAGGGUAAUUUGCAUUAAACAGAACUGGUCUCUAACAGGUUCAAUAGAUUUGAUUCCUGUCCUGCUUUCAUUCUCUUUCAUCCUUCACUAAGGCACUCCAGAGUUAACUGCUGAAAGGACAAGUGACUUUUCUUUGUCUGUUGAUCAUUUGGAUUAUUCACAAACCAAAUAGAAGAAUGAUGUCAAAAUAAACCAACUAAUUAGAUAAAUUGAACUGGUACAAAUGCCAGCUGCAUAGAUUUUUCAAUGAAGUCUAUGUUGGAGGAGACACAUGACAUCAUAAUUGGACUGAUAGCCCAAAGGCAAUAAAAGUUCUUGCUAUCCUUACCUGAAGGAACUCCUUAAAAGCAAUGGCAGUGUAGGUAUUGAGCAUCAUUCCAAUGUUGAGAUUCCAAUGUAUUUGAAUACCAGCGUAAUUCUUUGUGCUUUACAUGUUCAUGUGCCUUCUUUGUAUGAUUCUGAUUCCUCAGUUGUAAAAUUGCAUAAUAUGAGUGAGAGAAGCUCAAUGGCACCCGGAAAUGGUGUGCAUUAAACAGAUUGCCAUAAAGCUGUGAUUUUUUUUUUGUUACCCAUUCAAUGGGUUUCUUUGCUGAAACACAACAGUUCGCAGUAGGUCUCAGUCAGAUUUCUUUAUAACUAGCCAUGUGCCAUAAAUUAGUCAAAGACUGUCACUGUUUAGUGUCUAUAAGCAAAUAAACCACCAGCAUUAGUGUGAAUUUAAAAUGUAACUUAACAGUACCUGCUGGUCUACGAAUAAAGUUCGAUUUGGAUCUGGUUUAUAUUGAUUGAUAACAGGUCAAAUAAUGCUACUGUGAAAUUCAAGAUGGCUGGUAUUUGCAUCUCUGUUGGGUCUGCAGUGUUGUGUUUAACUUUAGUGUAAUUCACUGUUGAGAAUAGUCAUACAUUUCUAUACUGUUACAGAUCCAGGAAGAGAACUUGACAAGAAUGUUUACACUGCCGUCUCAAAUUUGACAACAUUUGCUCAUUUUUCUUUGUAAUAUGCUAUGUGGGCUUCAGUAUUUAAAAGUGGAAUAUUGCUGCUGAUUUUUUAGUAGUAAUUAUAAAUGUUGCAUCUGUGAUACAUGGCAAAGAUGUCCCUGUGCCUAACUUCAGAAAUUCUAUGGGGUAGGGAAAGAGGGGAAGAGAUGGAUGCACCAAAGGAAUUGGGCAUGUGCAGAACUAUAAUAAAACACCAUCCCUGUUUUUAGGUUUGAAUUUUUAAUUAAUAAACUGUUUUGAAUCACUGUAA